AUGCAUAUGAACUAAAAUACAAAGAAUCUGAAACAUACUUAACCCAAAGUCUUUACUAAUUAAAGAAGUCACAUAAAUAUAAAUAAUAAUGCUAUUUAAAACUUUGAAGCAAAACAAUAAUAAUCCAUCAAAGAGCUGUUAUUAAACUAGAUGGAAACAAAGCUUUUACCUAAGCAUUUUAGAAGUGAGCCAUUAAAUAUGGGAGAAAUUCCACAAAAAAAUCAACAAUUUAUUCAAAAUAAAAACAAUCAACAAUUACCUUAAUUGAUUCAUAAUAUAAAAAAGAAAAAUAAUUAGUUGGCUUCAUAGUUAUAAUCAAUUGAAUAAUUUGAUAUAUCCUCUCAAACACCACAACCUCUACAUUUAAAUAUUGUACCAAGUUUUAAACCAAAUCAACAUUUUGAACUCUUCAAUAUUAAUCAACAUAAUCAAAAUGAUAAUCUUUUAAAAUUAAUUUCUAAUAAUUCUAGUUCAAAAAGGAAUUUAAAUAAUUAAAAUCUAAAUAAUCUUCCUUCAAUAUUUUAAAAUAGAAAAAUUUUUGGAGAGAAGUACAAUAGUAAAAUAAUAUUUGAUGAUGAUGAAUAUAUAGUCCCAAUUAAAACUUAAAAUAACCGAAAAUUACCAUCAUUAGAUUUUAGCUAAAUUAUCUAAUUUGAAGUCAAAUCAUUAUAUAAUAUGAGCAAAUUAUAUAAAACUAAAGAUUAGUACUUACCAGGGAUUGUAAGCAUAUAAACUAAAGAGAUGGAAACACAAUAGCAUGCUAAAAGAAUUGGCGUUGAUCUUGUAUAAUUUUAUUCUAUUCUUUUUAGAUUUGUUUGAUUGAUAGAAGUGCAAGUAUGAUGGAUCAAAAAAUAGAUAUGGUAAAAAAAACAUUAAUCAUUUUACUUGAUUUAUUAGAAUCUUAAGAUAGAUUGCAAUUAAUUAUAUUUAAUGAAGAAGCUGAAAGAUUGACUCCUUUGAUUUGUGCUACAGAAAAAAAUAAGCGCUACUUUAAAAAAAUGAUUACAACAAUUUAUGCCAAAGGAGGAACAUUAAUCUCUUCUGCAACUAAUUUGGCCUUUUAAUAAUUAAACUAAAGAAGAUAUAAAAAUAAUGUGAAUUCAAUUUUCUUAUUAUCAGAUGGGUAAGAUGAAGAAGCUGUAAUGGAAAUUUAAAAUUAACUAAAAACUAUUGAAGAGAUUUUUACUCUACAUACUUUUGGUUUUGGAAAUGAUCAUGAUGCAGAAAUGAUGACAUAAAUUUGUAAUUUAAAAAAUGGUAGCUUUUACUUUGUUUAAGAAAUUUCGCUUUUGGAUGAAUUUUUUGCAGAUGCAUUAGGAGGAUUAAUUUCAGUUAUUGCUCAAUAAAUAGAAAUCUCAAUAUUGUGUAAAAAUGAUAAACCAUUUUAAGAUAUUGAAAUUUCAAAAACUUAUGGUUAAAUGUGGUAACAUUCUGGAAAAUAUCUUAAAAAAAUUUAAUUACAACAGUUAUCUUUGGGAUCAAGAAAAGAUUUUGUUUUUGAAUUAAAGCUUCCUAAGUUUUCAAAAAAAAUAGAAGAUAAUUAAAGAAAUGUAAAAAUUAUUGAGGCUUAACUGAAAUUGAAAGAUCCAAAUACUGGAGAAAAUUUCACUAAGACAGCUAAUUUAUAUUUAACUUUUUUUAAUUCUGAUGAGUAAAUUAAUUAAAAUGAAGAAGAUAUUGAAGUUCUAACUUAAUUUUAUAGAGUAAAAGGAACAGAAGCUAUUGAAUAGGCAAGGAAAGCUUGUGAAAAUAAUAACUUUGAACAAGCUAGAAAUAUUAUCGACUAUUUUUUGAUACAAAUUCAAAAAAAUAAUAAAAAAGUUACAUCUAAAUGUGGCUAAAUUAUUCAAGAUUUAGAAUAAGCUAAAUAAGCUUCCUAAUAGUAUUAAUAUCAUUAAUACGGAUUAAAAUAAAUGUAUUAAUUAAUAAGUAAUAAUUAUUAACAAACUGGAAUAAAUUCUUAAUUUUCUAUGCAUGGAAAAUAAGUACAAUCUCUUUAACCAUCAUAUUCAAAUUAAAUGCAAUAGAAUUUAGUCAGUUUAGUUUAAUCCAAGAAAUACCCUUAAAGCUGUUAAUAUUGA